GAUAUUGGCUAGCAGAAGGUCUUGCGUUUCUCUCAAGAUCUUCUUGAGUCAUAACUUCCACGAGACAGAGGACAGAGGGAUGUAGUAUUUGUGGAAUACAGGCCUGUUCUUAAAGCUGUUCGCCUGUCAACGCCAGGGUAGCAGCCACGUUGAACGAGGUUUCAGUCUCACAUGGGCAAGAUGGUCGGAUCAUAACAAGACAUAACUUCAAAGGUGCAGAUUUGAUUUCGUAAUGACAAGCUGCUGUGCAGAAGAUGUCCACACUGUCUGGGACUGAUAUCACAGAUGUUGGCCAUGGUGAGGUGUUCGACGGGGCCCCAGAGCUGCAACUGGACUGUCUCUGCAGUGGUGACGACCACAGUAGUGCAGAAAUGAAGCAUGAGGGAAACCUCCUCCCCCUGGAACCACCCCGCCAUGCAGGGUUUUCCAGCCCCCCCCAGAAAGGGCCUUCCUCACUAGCUGAGAAGAAUAGCCCGCUGCUCAUGGAGCCCAGCAACAUCAAGGCCGACCCCGCCGGCGACAUGCCUGCCAACACAGAGGGUCAGCCGGUGAAGAGGAAGAAGGGUCCAGCCCCCAAGAUGCUGGGGAACGAGGUGUGCAGCGUGUGCGGGGACAAGGCCUCAGGCUUCCACUACAACGUGCUGAGCUGCGAGGGCUGCAAGGGCUUCUUCCGCCGCAGCGUCAUCAAGAGCGCCCAGUACUCGUGCAAGAACAACGGCCGCUGUGAGAUGGACAUGUACAUGCGCCGCAAGUGCCAGCAGUGCCGGCUGCGCAAGUGCCGCGAGGCGGGCAUGCUGGAGCAAUGCGUUCUCUCAGAGGAGCAGAUCCGAGUGAAGAAAAUGAAGAAGAACGAGGAAGAGACUGCACGCACGUCUACCGUGGUGACCCCCACCCCGGUGCCGGAGGUGGUCCCGCUGGCGCCCGAGCAGCUGGAGAUGAUCGAGAAGCUGGUGGCCAUGCAGAAGCAGUGCAACAAGCGCUCGUUCAUCGACCGGCCCAAAGUCACGGUGAUUCCGUGGCCCCAGAGUCAGGACCCCCAGAACAGGGAGGUGCGGCAGCAGCGCUUUGCCCACUUCACCGAGCUGGCCAUCAUGUCGGUCCAGGAGAUAGUGGACUUUGCCAAGCAGUUGCCUGGCUUCCUAGAGCUCACCAGAGAGGACCAGAUUGCCCUGCUGAAGACCUCAACCAUUGAGAUCAUGCUGCUGGAAACAUCGCGGAGAUAUAACCCUGCCAUUGAGAGCAUCACGUUCCUGAAGGACUUCAGUUAUAACAAGGAGGAUUUUGCCAAAGCAGGGCUGCAGUUGGAGUUUAUUAACCCCAUCUUUGAGUUCUCCAAGGGCAUGAACGACCUGCACCUGGACGAGGCGGAGUACGCUCUGCUCAUUGCCAUCAACAUCUUCUCUGCAGGUCAGAGGUCAAGUGACCGGCCCAAUGUGCAGGACCAUGAACUUGUGGAGCGACUGCAGCAGCCGUACGUGGACGCACUUCGUUCUUACAUCAUGAUCAAGAGACCAAACGAUCACCUGAUGUUUCCACGCAUGCUCAUGAAGCUGGUCAGCCUCCGCACCCUCAGCAGCGUCCACUCUGAGCAGGUCUUCGCCCUACGCCUCCAGGACAAGAAGCUCCCGCCGCUGUUAUCUGAAAUCUGGGACGUCCACGAGUGACUUCGCCGACACCCUUGCGGAACUCUGCCGCGCUCCGCAAACCUGCGUACUGGGAUGGACAGAAACAUUGGGUUUGUCUUUCGAGUGUCGAAAAAAAGACUUGAAUGAAGCGAUGCCUCCCAGGAUACCCAAACACGGCGGAUCAAACCUACAGCUCGGUUGCCAGAUUGAAUCAGUUGCCAGAUUGGAGAAAGGUUUUUUUUUCUUCUACAUCUUCUAUGCAGUUUGGGAGGAUAGUGAUGGCCCGCUGUACUGCAGACUGGGACACUAAUCUCAUGGGGAGGUUGGGGCAAAGAAAUAGAAUGAACAAUUAUAUUCAUUCUAUUUCUAUGGGUUGAGGAUUGUGCACACCUGAUUUCUCUCCCUCGCCCAUUUUGUUAUUGAAGGUGAGACGGGCUUGUGGUGAGGUUGUGCUGUCAUGGUCAGUGUGGCUCAGACUUGCUAGCCAGUGUUCACCAUUACAUCUACUGAUAUGUUGAUAGGCCAAUUACGUGACUAUCUAUAAUGACAAUUGCCAUGAUGCUUUGAAGGUUUUGGCAAUGCCCCCCCACCCCCCAACCCAAGUCCACAUCAUGGAUGAUAACCCCAAAUAAACAGAAGACGUUAUAGCCCCGUGUUGCAAUGGGAUAGGAAACAGAGGUAUCCUAACUGCUGCCCAAUUUUAAACAAUGUGUCUUAUUGGUGUCCACUGUCCAGAUGUAUGUUAGAAUGGUAGGUCACCUGCUUGAUUGUUGUGAUUUAGCAGUUUAAUAGUCAGCCAUCUGAUUUGUUCUCCUCGGUGAAGGAACAAGAAAGCAAUUCUGAUGAAUUGUGUUGAAUUAUUUAAGGUGAAGUGUUGGUAUAGAGAUGCGUAGCCUACCACUUUCAAGUGCAGGACCCCCACCAACCAUUUUGUAAAUGCACUCAAACAUCGAUUUACAUGUACAAAGUAUAUAUUAAUGACAAAAUAUAUAUAUAUUUAGUAUGCCCACAAGUGAAGACAUCCAUACAAAAUGACUUGUACAAUCACUCACUUACGCACAAGCAAGCAGUGAAUUAUUAUUAUAUAUUUUUUUAAAGCAUCACUGGAUAUGUGAGGGCCAAGCUGAGGCCUUAUACACUGGAACAACCUCAAUGCUACGCUAGGGAGUUGUAAGCUUAGGCCAGGGGAUAGGCUUCUUUUGAAGCGGCUGGGGGCACAAAAAAAACGGAACUCAUCGUGCGGUGUCUGCGUACCCACAAUCUCCCCCGCCUACCUUGCGAGCAAAACAUUUUAGUGACCGAUUUCCCCCUCCCCAAUUUUGCCAUAGGCUGGAAGAAAAUCUUUGCGGUUUUUAAUAACUGAUGGUCAAUGGGCCCCACACUGGUCAGUAAUUCGACCAUGCUUACUACAAGCUUAGAUGGCUGGCUGCUAGACUAACUUAACACUUUCAUUUAGCUGACAUGAGCUAAUUGACUGCUGAUGCAUAACCAAAUUGCACUUAGAAUAGAAUAUACAAACUCUCAGCAGUAAGUUGAGACCCUGACUGAAAUUAGUCCGAGGGGCCCGCCAGUUGCAAAUCCCUGGUCUAGUUGUAUGUACGGUCCUCCCUUCCCCCAAACCAGCAUGGUUCCAGACAUCUGAGUGGCAAUUUCAUCCAGAUGUUUAAAAUGUGCUUUGCAUCCCACAAUAGUUGGAAUAGCAAAAUAAGUAAAAUUGCGCUCCAUGUGUGGGCACUGCAGUACUUUCUGCAACGGUAACAUUUUUGGGUUACUCUGACUUUCAUGAAUAAACCAUUGUAAAUGCUUACAAGUAAUAAUGAAAUACUUAAUAGUUUUUCACUAUUUAUAAAUGGUUGUUCAUGAAUGGUAUAGUCUUACCCAUAUCUAAUAAGAUCAUAAGAUUUCACUCAACAGUCGUCGCCCCCCCCAUGAUGCUGUUUCUAUCAGUCCUUUGUAUGACUUUGCUAAUGUGACACAGGUUCAGAAGGAAAGCUGUUUUUGAUUCGAUUCCUGAUUGACAGACAGUUUUGUCCAUUACUGACCCCACUUUACAACUCAGAUCAGUGUGAAAUAGAGGAGAGUUGAGGACUCAGACAAAAUGGGGAGAUUAUCAUAACAGUUGCACAAUAUGUCAAAGUAGCACAGAGAUAAGGGAGUAAGCUAUAUGGAACAAUUACUAGAUGGCGCUUUCAGUAAGAAGAAAAUCAAUGCAAUUAUUUAACAAAUGUUAUAUUAGGGUUGGUGGUCUUCUAUUUGUAGUCUGUCAUCCAUCAGGUUUUUAUGGCUAUUUGUUUGGUUGAGAUUGAUUGUCUUUGAUGGCGCUGACUCAUAACCUGAAGAUGGUUCUUCUACACACUAUUCAAAGGGUUUGCUCUUCCCUGGGCAUGCGUGUGUGGAGCCAUCUAUUUUCAAUUACUCUUGAGACUUAAAUUGCAAAACCAUACAAUCCCAGUUUUCCUAUUUUUCCUUUCAAUAUGUAACUCAUACCAGCAAAUGAUUGUCUACAUUGAAAUUACAUCAGUAUUUUCAGUCUGAAUAGAAAACCUAAGCAUUAACACAAGGUAUGGUGUCUUAAGUCUAAAUUACGUUUUCAGUUGUUUAGAAUACACAAUGUUAAUACUGUAGGUAACUGAAAGUUGACUGUAAUAGCAUUUACGACCUUCUGGUGUGCAGAACUCAUUUCAUUCCCUUCUCUACAUCUUAAAGGGUGAAGCUGUAAACCAUAUUGACAUAGAAAUGCAAACUUAUUUGAAUAUUUUUUGAACACUUUAAGACCAUGUAUAUUCUGCUUUAUAUGUAUAAAUUAAAACCUGAAAGAUAUUGUAGCCUAUUGCCAGAUUAUAUAUUUGUGUACCAACUGAAACCAAAAACCACUAAUAUUUCUGAUUUGGAAUUAUUACAAUUUCAAAGUGAUUUAAGCUUAUACAAAAUAAAUGCUUUAUUGUAAUUAGUUCUCUUAAAUAUAUCACAGCCAGUAAAAUAAAUGGUGAAUUUAUUUACCCACUUGUUUGGGUGUUCUGUUGUCAAAUAGAGCAGUCAACAGUUGUGGCUAUUUAUUCAUUUUUAUCAGAAGAGCUUGGAAUCUCUACCAUGACAAGUAUUUACUUUAUUACACAGCGGGCUUCAUGCAAUUUAUAGUUCUAGUCCUUUCGGGGUCUAUUAUUUUCUUGUCAUUUAAAUGAUAUGCUUAGUGACAAUUCCCAAAUAUACUGAACAGAAAUAAACUCAACAUGUAAAGUGUUGGUUUCAUGAGCUGAAAUAAAUGUUCCCAGAAAUGUUC